AUGGCCGUAUUGUGUGUGGCAGGGUGUUCCACGGACGGAUGGCUGUAUUGUGUGUGGCAGGGUGUUCCACGGACGGAUGGCCGUAUUGUGUGUGGCAGGGUGUUUCACAGGCCGAUGGCUGUAUUGUGUGUAGCAGGGUGUUCCACAGGCGGAUGGCUGUAUUGUGUGUUGCAGGGUGUUCCACAGGCGGAUGGCCUUAUUGUGUGUAGCAGGGUGUUCCAGAGGCGGAUGGCUGUAUUGUGUGUGGCAGGGUGUUCCACGGACGGAUGGCUGUAUUGUGUGUGGCAGGGUGUUUCACAGGCGGAUGGCUGUAUUGUGUGUAGCAGGGUGUUCCACAGGCGGAUGGCUGUAUUGUGUGUAGCAGGGUGUUCCACAGGCGGAUGGCCGUAUUGUGUGUGGCAGGGUGUUCCACUGGCGGAUGGCUGUAUUGUGUGUAGCAGGGUGUUCACAGGCGGAUGGCCGUAUUGUGUGUGGCAGGGUGUUCCACAGGCAGAUGGCCGUAUUGUGUGUGGCAGGGUGUUCCACAGGCGGAUGGCUGGUGUUCCACAGGCGGAUGGCUGUAUUGUGUGUGGCAGGGUGUUCCACAGGCAGAUGGCCAAAGAGAAGAUGAGUCUUGAUCCCGGUGUGCUGCACAUGAUGAAUCUAGAUCUCAUUAAAUAUACAGCUGUUUGGGCGGGCUGGGGCCAUGCUUCAGAGAAUCCAAAGUUACCAGAACUACUCCAUAAAAACGGAAUCAUAUUUAUUGGUCCACCAGAGGGAGCUAUGUGGGCCCUGGGUGACAAGAUCGCCUCCUCUAUUGUAGCCCAGACAGCAAAGGUCUCCACCAUGCCAUGGAGUGGAUCAGGCUUGACCCUGAACGACUCUAAGAGUGACAAUAAGCCAGUGAGCGUGCCCCAGGACCUCUUCAGGAAGGGGUGUGUUGCCGACGUGGACGAGGGUCUGAAAUCGGCCAAUAAGAUCGGGUUUCCUGUGAUGAUCAAAGCCUCGGAGGGAGGUGGAGGGAAGGGCAUCAGGAAGGCAGAGAAUGCUGACGACUUCCCCAAUCUCUUCAGACAGGUGCAGGCUGAGGUUCCGGGAUCCCCCAUCUUCAUCAUGAAGCUGGCGAACCACGCCCGUCACCUGGAGGUCCAGAUCCUGGCCGAUAACUACGGUAACGCCAUCUCCCUGUUUGGGAGGGACUGCUCCAUCCAGAGGAGACAUCAGAAGAUCAUUGAGGAGGCGCCCGCCUCUAUAGCCAAACCAGAGGUGUUCGAAAAGAUGGAACAGGCUGCGGUGACGCUGGCUAAGAUGGUCAGGUACGUCAGUGCCGGUACGGUGGAGUACCUAUAUAACGAGGAGACAGAGAUGUUCCACUUCCUGGAGCUCAAUCCACGUCUACAAGUGGAACAUCCGUGUACAGAGAUGGUGGCCGACAUCAACCUACCGGCCGCACAGUUACAG